AUGGCCUCAAGCUCACUACGACAAACCUUCGCCUCUUCCUCCCGUCUCACCUUACAUCACUUCCACUACGCCCCUCUUGCCCCCACAUCAUACAGACUAGCAUCAACCUUGGCUCAGACGUUAUCCCAACCAUCCAAAUUUGAGAAUAUCCCUUCUUCAACUACCUUCACAAGUCCAAUUGCCGAUCAGAACUCAAAGGGUAAAGAAAAGAAUUCACAUGCUGCUCCUUCUCCUGCUGCGCCAAGGAGGAAAGUAGAAUUGAAAGGGAAGAAAGCAGCUAUCAGUAUGACACCAUCCGCCAUCUCCCGCCUCAAAGCCCUAAUCUCCUCGCCCACUUCACCCAAAUUACUUAGAAUAUCAGUCAAAUCACGUGGAUGCGCCGGUAUGGCCUAUCAUCUAGAUUACGUUUCACCACCUGGUGGGAAAUUUGACGAAGUCGUCGAACAGGAUGGUGUCAAAGUGUUGAUCGAUUCAAAGGCCUUGUUCAGUAUCAUUGGAAGUAAGAUGGAUUGGAGAGAUAAUAGGUUGAGUCAGGGGUUCGUCUUUGAUAAUCCCAAUGUAGUCGAUACUUGUGGAUGUGGAGAAUCAUUCAAUAUCCGACCUUGA